AUGCACAGAGACGUCAAACCUCACAACGUCAUGAUUGACCACGAGCAUCGAAAGCUGAGGCUAAUAGACUGGGGUUUGGCUGAAUUCUACCAUCCGGGUCAGGAAUAUAACGUCCGAGUGGCUUCCAGAUACUUCAAAGGCCCCGAACUCCUUGUAGAUUAUCAGAUGUACGACUACAGCCUGGACAUGUGGAGUUUGGGGUGCAUGCUCGCCAGCAUGAUCUUCCGAAAGGAGCCCUUUUUCCACGGUCACGACAAUUACGAUCAGGUGAGAAGAGUGCGGGGAGCAAAACCUCGCCGCCUGCACCUUCAGCAUGAGGUCAGGUAUGGGCAGACGGGUAGAUGCCCAGGUAGACCCAUGGCAUGUCCUCCUGGUAGGUUGUUUAACCCUGACCCCCUCCCUUGUCUGUGCAGCCUUUGA